AUGAUUCCUCGGUUUAAGCCCGCCAAAUCCAAGGGUCCUUGCUCUGUUUGCGUGAAACGGAAGGUGAAAUGUGAUCGAGCAGUUCCUUGUUCAAACUGCGUUAAAAGAGGUGAAGAGGAUAAAUGCAUCGCGUCCUAUAAGCUCGAACUUAACAACGCAGGAAACAGUUUAAACACCAACAAGCAAGAAUUUCUAAUUCUGUGGCAUGCUUACAGCGUUUGGAUUAUAGACAAUGGGCUUUUGGGCAAGGGCUGUCAAAGCUGGACUAGAAAGCUUCAAAAUCGGCAACAGUGGGAUUGGAGGUCCCAAAACGAAAGGGCAGACCUCUGGCUCGAACAAAUGAACAUGGAACUAUCUUUCAAGCUUCUUGAUUACUCGGUAGAAAACUUGGGUGGGUUGUAUUUUGGCGUUUUAAGCGACGUGGGUGAGCUGUAUAUCGAGCUGGAAGAAUACUGGGGUCGAACUAAAAUAGCCAGAAAUGACAUAACUCCAGAGAACUAUCUAUGGAAUGCCCUUCUAUGGUCAAUUCUCACACUGACCGUUUAUUACAUACCGCUCAAGGCGUUGGAGACACUAAUGUUGGAGACGCAUUUAGCAUGCAUGCAAGCUGAGCUGCAAGAGUCAGGCCUCACAGAACAAGCUCGUGCUAACAUUGCUGCCGAUUUCGCCAAUGUAUCUCUGCAAAUGCUGACUAGAGCCAAUUUCAUGGCUUUCCCCGAUGUUAAGAUUAUUCAAACAUAUUUGAUCCUUGCCUCGACCUCAUUCCCGACUGACGAUCCACCGCUUGCGAACAGUCUGUUAACUCAUUGUCUGCACCUAGCGAAAUAUUGGCAACUGGACCUUUUCAAAAUUUCGGUGGCGGAUACAACUGAUGUAAGACUGACCAAACUGUCCUGUGAGAAGAUUUGGUAUCGUCUAUGCGUCCACGAUUAUUGGCAAUCAGGCAUCGAUAAACCCUUGUCCGUUCACGAAACGAACAACUCGCUGCUGAAUCACGCUGCCUUUUUAAUGGAUAGACCCAACGUUGAUGUCUACCAAAGUGAGGAAACCUUCGAGGCCCUUCUGUGGAAAGUAACUUCUCUAGAUCGUGAUGUCAGAAAAUACUUCGACACUCAAACAAAACCGCCGCUAAAGACUUUGGAUGCUGUACAAAGGCAGGUGGAUAUUUUUCUGCACAAAGCUCAAGCACUGGACGCUAAAGUAUCCGCUAGUACUAGGUGUGAGAAAUUCAUUGUCAGUUUCUUACUGAAUGUCGUUAAUUGGAAGAUCAGUAAUCUUGCAUAUACUUACUAUGACCAAGAAUCUGGUCAUGUUAAGCUUUAUCAAUUCUCGACGAUGAUGAUAGCUCUGAUUGUUCAUAAUAUCAAGGUGGGCAUGGGGUUUCUGAACAAAUUGCCAUUUGUGGUAAGCGCCAUUUCAAAGGUGCUAACUUUUCAUUCUUUGUGCUUUGUAUUUGACUCCUCGUCCGUGAAUGAGCAGUUGGCUUUGGAUUUGACUGAGAUUUGUGACAGUGAGGACUUGAAAAAGAACGAUAUCUCAAAAAGGGCAUCUGUACUAGCAGAAAGGCUCAGGGAACUCCGAAAGCUUUGGCGUAAUGUCCGCGUUGUUGACGAUGGAGAGGGACUGAAUCAUCCUGUUUACACAAUACUGCGCAACGAUAUGGGAAUGUUACAAGAAAGCAGUAGGCGACAAAGCCGAUUACUCCUCAAAUGGGAUAAGGUGGACAGUAGAAUGCCCGAGAAUGAAGAGAACGAAAGUCAAAGUCGUGAUUUUAUGAAAUUUGUUCGUGACUUCGAAGACCGGUUUAGUUUGUUUGAGAUUCUAGACUAA